GGCGUGUCUGACUGGAAAGGAGAGAGUGACCAGGGGAAGGCUGUCACCUCUUGUCUAGCCCAGAGGAAGGGGGUGUGUGAGCUGCCGGUUCUGCACCAGAACAGGGGUCCGACCAGUGGCGGCGGCGAUGGGCUCCAAGGGGACGGAGAGGCGUAAACACCACACGCCGGCACAGACCCCCGAGGGCAACGUGGUGAUGAGCUUCAGCUUCGAGAGCUACCAGCUGGAGGAGGAGGACUGCCACGCUAAAGACAUCUCCGACAAAGGAGUGCUGGCUCUAUCUGAGCCUGCUUUUGAAGAACCAAUCCCAGAUGACCGUUACCAUGGGAUCUACUUUGCCAUGUUGUUGGCUGGAGUGGGCUUUCUGCUGCCUUACAACAGCUUCAUCACGGACGUGGAUUACCUGCACCACAAGUUUGAAGGCACGUCCAUAGUGUUUGACAUGAGCCUGACCUACAUCCUCAUUGCCUUGGUGGCCGUCAUACUGAACAAUGUGCUGGUGGAGAGACUGAGCCUGCACACCAGGAUCACAGUAGGGUACAUCUUUGCUCUGGGGCCUCUGCUGUUUGUCAGCAUCUUUGACGUCUGGCUGGAGCGCUUCACCACCAAGCAGGCCUACGUCAUCAACCUAGUGGCCGUGGGAGUGGUGGCCUUUGGAUGCACAGUGCAGCAGUCAAGUUUCUAUGGCUACAUGGGGAUGCUGCCGAAGAGAUACACACAAGGAGUGAUGACAGGAGAAAGCACUGCAGGGGUCAUCAUCUCGCUGAGCCGCAUCUUCACCAAGCUGCUGAUCAAGAACGAGAGGAAGAACACCAUCAUCUUCUUCCUCAUCUCCAUCACCAUGGAGCUCAUGUGCUUUGUGUUGCACCUGCUGGUGCGGCGCUCGCGGUUUGUGCAGCACUACACCAGCCUGGCCCGCCAGGGCAUCAGCCACCCCAAGGAGCACUCGCAUCCACACCCCUCCGGCACCAGCUACCAGGUCCACCAUGAUGUCAUUACAGAGGAUGUAAGAUUUGGCAAUGGUGCAGUGGGCGGAUCUCCUCCCGAGGAGGGGGAGUAUGGAGGAGGGAACGCCUAUGUGAGAUUUGACAUUCCGAAGGCUAAAAUGAAGAGGAGCUGGCCGGGAUUAAGGGACAUGAUUCUGCAUCGGUAUGUGGUGGCACGGGUCAUCUGGGCCUACAUGUUGUCCAUCGCCAUCACCUACUUCAUCACGCUGUGCCUGUUCCCGGGGCUGGAGUCGGAGAUCCGCAACCCCAAGCUGGGGGAGUGGCUGCCCAUCCUCAUCAUGGCCGUCUUCAACAUGUCCGACUUUGUUGGCAAAAUUCUAGCCGCGCUGCCCUAUGAAUGGAACGGCAGCCGCCUGCUCUUCUUCUCCUGCCUGCGUGUGGUCUUCAUCCCCCUCUUCAUCAUGUGCGUGUACCCGGUGCAGAGGCCCACGCUGGGCCACCCGGCCUGGCCCUGCAUCUUCUCCCUGCUCAUGGGCGUCACUAAUGGCUACUUUGGCAGUGUGCCCAUGAUCCAGGCAGCGGGGAAAGUGGCGCCAGAACAGAGGGAGCUCGCAGGCAACACGAUGACGGUGUCCUACAUGACGGGGCUGAUGCUGGGCUCGGUGGUGGCCUAUGCAGCCUACAGCUUCACUGUCCCAGGCUCCGGCGCCCACCCAGAACCCGGAUACAACUUCACUCUGGGCUACUGACUGUCUGUCUGUCUGUCUGUUCGGGUCUGAUGAGGACCUUCCCGGUGCCAAAACAAGUUAAUGAUGUCCAUUCCAUUUAAAGGAGAGAGAGAAAAAACAAAUCAACAGCAGCAUUCACAGGGUGGCAGUUAUAUGCUUUGAUAUAGCCAGAUCAUAGGGGGGGAAAUAUAUCAGUCAUCUAUACACAGCGCAGGUCCUGGGCCUUGCUACCACUUGGAUUUGCAGAGAAUGUAGUCAGUGAGGCAGAACAGGCCGUAGAGUUUUAUAAAGAAAUAGAUGUAUUAUGCUGCAUUGUAUUGCCUCUCUAAGAGUAGAUUUUGUUCCGCUGUAAAAAAGAAAUGACAUGCCGUAUGUGCGCCCUCUUGUGUCCAACGGGUGAAUGUCCUCUAUUUGCUGGUAAGUUUUAUUGGUUUCAUUUAUUUAUUAUUUGGAGGAUCAACAUGGCUGUCAUGUGCAUUUUUGUUGAUAUAAGAAAUGCCCUGGAAAUGAGGUUGUGCCGGCAUAUUUUUGUCUCUUAAAAAAUGUGUAUAAGCUUUAUGUAUUUGAUACGCGUCCAAGUCUACAAGUGAUUAAGGAAAUGUGUUUACUGUAACCUUCUGUAAGAAUCUGUCUUAAGAUGGAGCCUGAUUGACUUACCUCUUUGCUAAUGCAAGUUGAAUG